UACUCACUGUUUUUCAAUAGCAAACAAACAUACGGAAUAUUCGAUGAAAGAUGUUAACGUUUGUUUUAGUUGUAUGGUUAGUUGUACUCAACCGAGUUGCACACGGUCAUAUAAUCGACGACACAGAGUUUCAUGAUCCAAGCCAUUUAUUGGGUGUUAAUCACAAAACACUACGAUUCAAUGUAGAGGAGGCAGCUACUGGUAAAUACACUCCAGAGCAGGAAAAGGAUCCUGAAUUUUGGCGAUCUUUGGCUCAUGCGCAAGUUUUGAGAAAUGCUCAAAAGCAGCAUUUGAAUAAGAACAAAGCCAAGAAUAUCAUCAUGUUUAUGGGCGAUGGUAUGUCAUUAGCCACGGUAACUGCAGCCCGUAUUCUCAAGGGGCAGCGAAAUAACCGAACGGGUGAGGAGUGUAGCCUUAGUUUCGAAAAAUUUCCCCACUUGGCUUUGAGUAAGACCUAUUGUGCCAAUGCCCAAGUUUCUGAUUCCGCUUGUACAGCCACUGCAUAUUUAUGUGGGGUAAAGGGCAAUAUUGUAACCAUAGGUGUUAGUGCAAAUGUGGAAUUCAAUAACUGCAGCGCCAGCAUGGAUCCUGCAAAUCAAGUAUCGUCUAUAGCCGCCUGGGCUCAACAGGCAGGCAAAUCGACUGGCUUUAUUACCAACACCCCUUUGACCCAUGCCAGUCCGGCCGGAACUUAUGCCCAUACUUCGAGUCGUCUGCAUCAAAACGAUGCCAAUGUCUUGGCCUCGGGCAAUGAUCCCACAACAUGCAUGGAUAUUGCCCAACAGUUGAUAACUCAAGAGCCUGGCCGUAACUUUAAUGUUAUGAUGGGUGGUGGCAUGUCUAUGUUUGUACCUCAAGAACUCAGGGAUUUCCAUGGAAAUUAUGGUGGUCGUCUAGAUGGUAAAAAUUUGCUGGCAACUUGGCAAGCUAUGCAUUCGAAAGGAGUUUUAGUCUACAAUCGGAGCCAAUUGUUAAGUGUAAAUACCACAAAAGUCUCAAAUAUUUUGGGGAUAUUUCAAUCGAAGACCAUGGACUACCAUGCGAUGGCCGAUAACACCUAUCAACCUUCGUUAUCCGAAAUGACGGAGGUGGCCUUAAAUCUCUUGAAACGCAAUGAGAAGGGAUAUUUCAUUUUCAUUGAAGGUGGUCACAUCGAUACAGCCCAUCAUGAAAACAAGGCGGGUAUUUCUCUGGAUGAAACUUUGGAAUUUGAAAAAGCUGUACAAUUAGCACGUGAUAUGACAGAUCCCCAGGAUACUCUCAUCGUCGUCACAGCCGAUCAUAGUCACACCAUGAGUAUUGCUGGCUAUCCGGGUCGAGGAAGUCCUAUUUUAGGCUUAAAUCCACACGGUCGUUCUCUGGAUGGCCUGAAAUAUUCCAUACUUAACUACGGCUUGGGCCCUGUUCAGUAUUUGGAUGAGGAUGGGAAUAGAUUGGAUUUAGAGACCAUACCCAGAGAAAUAGAUAGCAUAUAUCCUAGUUACAUAAAAACUGGAGAUGGACAUCAUGGAGGUGAUGAUGUGGGUGUUUAUGCUUCUGGACCUUUCGACCACAUGUUUACAGGAGUUUUGGAGCAGAAUACAAUCCCCCAUAUUAUGGCAUAUGCAGCUUGUAUUGGAAAUGGGCCAACAAUGUGCGAUGAAAAUUGAAUCAUUAGUUGCUAAAGCACUGAAUAAAGCGUUCCGGGUUUCAAAUUCACAAGCCGACAAAAAUUUUCCUAUA